AUGCCAAUGUUCUAUCCAAUAACGAUUCAUUACGAAAGCGGAAGACCGAUGGAUAACAUUGUGCAGAGACUUGAUAAUGUUGCAAAGGACCCUUGGGUCUUCGAGUCUCUAGUGUACGACGAGUUGAGACCGGGCGUUUCUACUACUCCCGAGACGAAUAUAUUACUUAAGGAGGAAUUUCAAGUCCUGAGAAAGGUGGCGCGGAUAAUGACGCUACUUGGUAAACAGAUCUAUUAUAAUCGAAAAGGAUUGCCGGACGCCAUGGAGCACAGACCGGUCAGGUUCGAAGAUUUUAUAAACGAACCUUGGAACUUUGAAGACUAUACGUCAAUGGCUUACCAUGACUCAACAGUCGGUUCUACUACCAGUGCUGCUACUAAUAGUAUCGUACCCACAACUACUGCUACCAUAAAUAAGGAUGAAUUACAAACCCUAAAAAAGGUGGCGCGUAUCCUGGCUGGGCUAGGUAAUGAGGUUCAUAACAAAAGUACAACAUUGCCAGAGACCACAGAGCACAGCACGAUCGAAUUUGAAGAUCUUACAAGGGAAUCAUGGAACUUCGAUGACUACACAUCUGUGGCUUCCGAAGACAUGAAAAUUGAUGCCACGUCCACUCCCACUUCCACCGUAGUUCAAGAAAUGCGGGAUUUAAAAAAGGAUAUCUGUAAAAGAAUAGAAUCCAUAGAAAAUAACAAGCACACGACCGUCACAUUUGAGGAUGUAACGACUGUAUCAUCAACGAUAAAUACCUCGACGUCUAAGACUCGCGAAGAAUCCACAAUUGCCUCCAUAAACACAUCUUCUUCUGCUUCUACAACCAUUACUGGUUCUGAGAUCGUAGCUAAGGAUAUUAUUAAAGCCCUGAGAAAGGUGUCGAAGAUACUAGUUAUACUCGGUGAACAGGUCAUACCAGAAAUAAUUGGAGAAACCUCUGUUAUAAACAACUUGCAACAGAAGCCU